AUGCAUUCCUCACUUGUGCGCAUCCAAAAUGUCUUUGGAUUCUUCACCACAGUGACUUUUGGCAUCGCGGCUUUGAUCGCAUGUACAGAUUUCAUUUCGCCCAGGACACCUAAUGCUAAAGUCGAAGUUAAGGAUAUCCAAGUUGUAAAAGGACGUCCACACUACUACUCUACGAAAAAAGAAGAAUACGCACACAUUCGAUUCUCCCUCAACGCCGAUCUCUCCUCCCUCUUCAACUGGAAUACCAAACAAGUUUUCGUCUAUGUCUCUGCAUCAUGGCCUUCAAAUUCUUCUGAACCGGCAAUUUUAGAUAAUGAGGCGGUUAUUUGGGAUACGAUUAUUACGAAUCCGAGCGCAGAUCAUUUACAGAAUAUUGGGCCGGCCGCCAUGAAGAAAUUGGUUAAGAGUUCUAAGGGGAAGAGUAUUGACCCUUCAAGAGGAAUCCUCAAACUCAAAAACCAAAAAGCCAAAUACCAAAUCACACAACCAAGCGGCAAACUCGCUUCAACAGAAGGAGUAGUAUUGAAAGUUCAUUAUAAUGUGCAGCCAUGGGUUGGGGCACUUACCUGGACGCCUCAAAUAGAGUUUUUGAGAUGGAAUAAGGUUAAAGGGGGUGUGAGUAAGGUUUUUGGAUUACCAGCUUUGAAGGAAAAGAAGAAGGUUGGGGAGGAGACUGGUGCAAAGAAGGCUGAAAAGAGGGCUUAG